UCCUCCACAAGCAAGUUUGAUGUGUACAAGGACAGCCCAGGUGCUCUGGGGAUGUUUUCUCCUGUGGAAUCUCUGCAUCUCAGCCUCUCAGGCCAUUCACCCUGGAAUCAAGGCGAGGGCUACUCAGCGGGCUCUGGACUAUGGCGUCCAGGUUGGAAUGGAAAUGAUCGAGCAGAUGGUGAAAGAAAAAGACAUCCCAGAUUUGGAAGGGUCUGAAUCCCUUGAAUUUCUGAACGUUGACUAUGUGAACUACAACUUUUCCAACAUAAAAAUCAAUGCCUUUUCAUUUCCAAACACCUCGUUAGCCUUUGUGCCCGGCGUGGGCAUCAAGGCGCUGACCAACCACGGCACGGCCAAUAUCAGCACAGACUGGGAUGUCAAGUCGCCCCUUUUCCAAGACUCCGGGGGAGCCAAUCUGUUUCUCUCCGGGGUCUACUUCACAGGUAUCGUGAUCUUGGCCAGAAAUGACUUUGGCCACCCAAUCCUUAAGCUCCAAGACUGCUAUGCCCAAGUGAGCCAUGCCCACGUCUCCUUUUCUGGGGAGCUCAGCGUCCUGUAUAACUCUUUUGCUGAGCCCAUGGAAAAGCCCAUUUUAAAGAACUUAAACAAAAUGCUCUGUCCCAUCAUCACAAAUGAGGUAGAAGCUCUGAAAACCAACCUCAGCAUGCUGGAGGUUUUAACCAAGAUUGACAACUAUACUGUGCUGGACUAUUCCCUAAUCAGUUCUCCAGAAGUUACUGAGAAUCACAUUGACCUGAACUUGAAGGGCGUUUUCUACCCCCUGGAAGACCUUGCCGACCCCCCUUUCUCACCAGUUCCCUUCGAGCUCCCCACGCGCAGUGACUCAAUGCUCUACAUCGGAAUCUCCGAGUAUUUCCUGAAAUCUGCUUCCUUCGCUCAUUUUGCUGCUGGGGCUUUCAAUGUCACUCUGUCCACCGAAGAGAUUUCUAAACAUUUGGUUCAGAAUUCUCAAGGCGUCGGCAACCUGCUCUCCCGGAUUGCAGAGAUCUACAUCCUGUCCCAGCCCUUCAUGGUACGGAUCAUGGCCACUAAGCCCCCUGUCAUCAACCUGCUGCCGGGUAACUUCACCCUGGACAUCCCUGCCUCCAUCAUGCUGCUCACCAAGUUCGAGAACUCUACCGCGGAAACCAUCGUUUCCAUGGACUUCGUUGCCAGUACCAGCGUUGGCCUGGCUAUUUUGGGACAAAGGCUGAUCUGCUCCUUGUCUCUGAACAGGUUCCGCCUGUCUUUGCCAGAGUCCAAUCACAGUAAUGUUGAGGUCUUGAGGUUUGAAAAUGUUCUGUCCUCCAUUCUCCACUUUGGUGUCCUCCCACUGGCCAACGCAAAAUUGCAGCAAGGAUUUCCUCUGCCCAACCCGCAUAAUCUCUCAUUGGUCAAUUCAGAUAUUGAAGUUUUCAAGGGUUUCCUAUUGAUUUCUACGGACCUGAAAUCUGAAACAUCCUCCAAGCAGCAGCCUGGUUUCUAUGGUUGGGAAGGUCUGGACCCAAGAAACUGGCAGUGGAGAGGGAAACCUGCCGCAUGAUAGCCUGUGUGGAGUCCACUCCAGGAAGUAAACGGGCCUUAAGCCCACAGCUACUGAAAACACAGAGAGGGUAGACAAUGCACAAUGGAAUUUUAAAGUCAUGGUGAAUUGCAUGAUAUAAAUGGGCCUUAAGCCCACAGCUACUGUAAAC